GCACUCGUGAUACAGUGCGGCUCCAGCAGAAAGGGCCAAAGCAGGGGUUUCGCCAAAGCCGGGUAUUUUAGCGAUCUCUGGAGCAAAAUGCUGUCGCGCAGAUGUUUUUCAUUAAGCAAGGCCCAUCCUAUCCUGUUCAGGAUGCUGACGUCAUCUGGCAGUGGCUCCCAGGUUAUUCAGAACAUGGAAGAAGGACAUUUCCCCAUUCAUGUGAAUAAUGUGCGAAGUAAAUUGAGAGAGCUAGUGGGAGCAUCCACCAAUUGGAGAGACCAUGUGCAAGCAAUGGAUGAAAGAAAAUCCUUACAUACACUCCUUGCUAAAACUCAAGCUGACCUGUCCCCUAGGAAAAUGAAAGACAGCUAUAUAGAAGUUAUUUUGCCUUUAGGAAGUCAGCCUGAAAUAAGAGAAAAAUAUCUCAAUAUGCAGAACACAGUCAGAUUUGGUCGAAUACUUGAAGACCUUGACAGCUUAGCAGUUCUAAUUUGUUAUACUCAUACAAAAAACGAAGACACUCUGAGAUCUCCUUUAUCGAUUGUUACAGCACUCGUGGAUAAAAUUGGUUUAUGGAAACAGCAUAUUCAUCCUGAUUGUGAUAUCAAGUUCACUGGGAAUGUUUCCUGGGUUGGAAAAACUUCAAUGGAAGUGAAGAUACACAUGCUUCAGUUACUUGAUGCAAUCUAUUGCCCUGUGUUAGAUGCAACUUUUGUCAUGGUGGCCCGUGAUCCAGAAAAUAAAAGACCAGCAUUUGUCAAUCCAUUAAUUGCUGAAACCCCCGAGGAGGAAAAAAUCUUCAAGGAAGGAGAAAAGAACAAAACCAGGCGGCUUGAAUCUAGUAGGGCUUCUUUACUGAAGGUUGCUCCUACCGCAGAUGAAAGAAAUAUUAUCCACAAUAUGUUCCUGAAUACUCUGGAUUCAAGGACAGUAAGUUUUCGUAGUCGGGUAUUACUACCCAAUUCAGUAUGGAUGGAAGACACAAAAUUAAAGGGUUUGGAGAUCUGCCAUCCACAGGAACGCAACAUUUUCAACAGAAUCUUUGGAGGCUUUCUCAUGAGAAAAGCAUAUGAACUUGGUUGGGCUACUGCCUACAGCUACGGAAACGCCAGACCUUAUGUGGUAGCUGUGGAUGAUAUUAUGUUUCAAAAACCAGUUGAAAUUGGAUCCUUACUAUUACUCUCUUCCCAGGUUUGUUAUACUGAAAAAAAUAACAUCCAGGUUCGGGUUCAUAGUGAAGUUUAUGAUCCAGACACCAGGGUACACCACACAACCAAUGUCUUUCAUUUCACAUUUAUGAUAGAGAAGGAAAUACCAGAUGUUGUUCCCAAGACAUAUGGUGAAUCUAUGUUGUAUUUGGAUGGAAAACGGCACUAUGAUUCAGUUAUGAAAGAAAACACAACAUAGGAUCAGCACAGAAUUAUAGCUUUGGAUGGCUUUGAAAAUUCAAACAUACUGGUUAUCAGAAAACUGAAAAGCAUUUUUACUCCAAAAACAGUACAGAAAUAUUAUAAAGGUUUUAGAUUUCUAUCAAAGUAUUUUUGUUAUUAUUUAUACAAAUAUUUUAAUGUUCUCAUUGCAUAUAUUCUUCAUAUGGCCAGCUUGGCAUCACCUGUGUCAGGGACACCUGUGCCAAGUGCUAAGGCAGGACUUCUCCCAGACCCUCUCUCCCUCUCAUUAUAAUCUUCCUUCCUCCU